GCCUGAGUUGCCUCGCGUUUUGGUGUUGACCAUGCCGACGGCGCCAGCACCUCUUUUGGUUUUUCCGUGAGCAGUAAAGGUAUGGGUGCGUCGGCAAGCGGCCGGCAGACAGCGGGAAGCGGUGGUGAUGGUCCUUAUGGCGAUGGGUGGGUGCCUGCUGCACCGGCAGCACCCGGCAAUACCGCUCUCUAUCCAUCACCUGGACAGGUAAGGAUGGGAGAGAUUCACUCACAUCCUUGACGAGGUAAGUCGCAUUCAUUCUGUGUGUGUAUGUGUGUUCAUGCAGUUGUUUGGCGUGCCUGACAUAGCCGUUCCGAUGACCCAUGGCGGACAGCAGCAGGUACACUGGACAGAUGCCACCUUCGCACAUCCAUCGCUGUCUGUCUGUCUGUCUGUCUGUGUGUGCCAUGCGGCGUGUUGCUCGCCCGGUGUUCACGAUGCCGCCGCAGGCCCCUCAGCCGCCCAGCGGACACAGCCCGUCAGGUGCGGGGGCCGGUGCGUCGAUGGCGGCUCCAUCCGCACAGCUCAAUGGCUCAGCUGCCAUAGGAGAACUGAGCCGCCCCGAAAUCCGGGAAAUGAUGGUGGAUAUGCUGGGCUUAGUCGGUCCCCCACCCCCACCCCCUCCCCCACCCCCACUCAUGCCGCCCCCUCUGCUUUACCCGCCUCUUCGCGGCAUCGCCUUCCCACACCCGCCGAUCCCCUAUGGCAUGCCCCUCCUGGCUCCACCGCCCAGCCCCAUGCCACCCAUGCCGCUCAACACUGCCGUCCAGCCACACCCAAACACGGACGCCACGAGGCCGCGACCGCCCGUCUGAUGCCCAUUCGGACAGGCGGGGCCAAACACGCCAGGCCAGCCAUAGCAGCAGCACGGCAAAGGGCACUAGAUGGCACACAGG